AUGCGGCGUACACGUCUCAGAGAAAGGGCCGAGGCCAACGGCGCCCUGACAAACGCCGACUUGGAACUCCUCAUCGCUAUUCUCAACCAAGAGAAAAGUUUACCCAAUCUCGAUUAUCAUCGGCUUGGCAGUGAACUAGGCAUCAAUUACGGAGCAGCAUCGAUGCGUUGGUCGAGAUUUAAGGCAAGGUUGGAGGCGACACGAAAACGCGUUCAAGUAGUUGUCAAGAAGGAGCCGGUGGAGGAAAAGAAUAUUGCGGUAUCUGUGGCGAGCGAGCCUGUUGAGGAUUCGACUGCGUCUCCAGAAAUCGGUAAUGAAGUGAUUGAGAGAACACAAGGGGUGUUUGGAUGGCCGUACAAUGAAAUGGGUUGGUCGGACGACGAGGAUUAA